CACACGUGAGAAGUGACGAGGGGUUUAAUGAUACCACGUCCAAAAAUACACAUCAACAUGUAGCGAGAGAUCAAAGUUUGUGCGCUGAUGUGCAGCGUAACAUCAAAGAGGAAACAUAAAUGAAUCUGAGUGGAUUUGGCAACCCGAACAGCAUGGCUUGUUCUAUAGACAAGAAGAGCUGAAGUUAAAGUGGCUGCUGUGGCCGUGGUGCAGCACGAUGUACCGUUUGCCAUGGAGGAACAUUUCAGUCCAUUGUUCAGGGAUUGCUUCAAGGACUCUGUCACAGCACAGCAUUACAAAUGUGCCAGCACAAAAACAACGUGCAUGAUAAACGAAGCUGUGGCACCGCAUUUUAGGGAGGAGCUGGUCACCAAGAUGAAGACCAACCCCUUCACUCUAAUAAUAGAUGGAUCCAAUGAUACAGGACGAGAGAAAAUGAACCCCCUCACGGUCAGAGUGUUUGACGGCAAGGCUGUUGUUCACAGACAGAGAUUUUUGGAAGUGACUGGAUUUGACCCCGAAGAUCUUGCAGUGGAUGUUGGGCACUGGUUUAGAGGCAGUACGAACCGUAAAGAAUUCUGUGAGUUGCACGAAUACGACUAUAUGGAGAUACUUCAGCGUAUUUCCAUUCGUUGGCUGAGCCUGGAGCGGUGUUUGACACGGAUUCUACAGCAAUACGAGCCACUCACCAGCUAUUUCAAGUCGUCAAAUGAGAAACAACCAAGGUUCAGAAGGCUGGUGGAUGCAUUCUGUAACCCACUGACAGAGGUCUACCUGCUCUUCUAUCAUGCAACGUUGCCAGCCUUCUCCUUCAGAGAGAGAAAUCCUCAAUCUUCCUUCUCUAUGAAGAGAUGACCGAGUUCAUUCACAAGUUGUGUGGAAGGUUUUUGAAAGUCGAAGCGCCGCAGAGCCGAGCGGUGGAUGAGAUCCACUACAAGGAUCCAUCCAACCAACUGCCAGGUAAUGCUCCCCAAGUUUUCCAUAAGCAAAUACAUCAACUCUCCACCCACUGACCACAAAUGGCUCAUUCAGUUAUGAGGAUGUCACUGAUGUGAAGGGAUAUAGUAUAUACUUUAAGAGGAGUAUGAACAUUGGGAAAUGUGGGAGUCGUCCAUGACUAUUAUUGUCAAUGUACCUUUCUGAGGUUUAAGUCUUUGAUUUAAGUCUCUGGUAGGACAAAAGCAGAAUAUUGGGUUUACAACCCGAGCAACGCUCAGCAGGCUCCUUGAUGCAGGAGAUAUCACGCCACAGCAAGUGGAGAGGUUCCAUCAGGCAGCGCUGGCAUUUCUGAUAGGGGCAGUUGAGUAUGCUAUUGUGAAACUACCCCUGAAAGAGACCCUGCAGAAACAUGCCAGGUUUGUUGGUGUCCAGCAGAGGACUGAGUGUGAAGUGAAUGAUGCUGCAUACUUUGUGGAACGGUUUCCUGAACUGCUUCCAUACCAUGGACCCCAAGAGCAUGAUCAGCUGAGUGAGGAGUUCCUGGACUACCAGUUAAUGGACAUCCCUGUACCCCAAGAUCCAGCCAUGUUUGACAUUGAGGCUUUCUGGGGGGAUAUGAGCUCACUGAAGAACAGGGGAAGAAAUAUUCAGCACACACCCACUGACAUGAGCAGCUUAAUAACUGCAGAAAUAUGUAGGAGUGGAAUCAGGCUUCCUUGGUUCAUUUCUUUUUAAAGGUGACUGGUAUGAGCAGAUUUCCGAGGCCGUCUACAAUAGCCAGACUGGUAUUAGUUCUGCCUCACUCAAAUGCAGAUGCAGAGAGGGUUUUUCCAUGGUGGGGCUUAAUAAAACCAAAACCAGGAACGCGUUGGCUCUGGAUGGAACUCUGUCAUCCAUCAUGACUGUAAAAAUGGCUGACAUUGAACCACAUUGCUUUAAAUGGGAGCCCCCAAUAUCGGUCAUCAAGGCAUCAAAAUCUGCCACAAACACUUACAACACACAUCAUCACUCAUAAACACAAACACACACAGCUGCUGUUCAUUUGUUUGUUUGUUGUUUAACGCCAUGUUUACCCAUUGGUCACUCUCAUGGUAAGAUAGGUACCUAGCUUUGUUCGGGUUAUUUAUUCAUCUUCUUUAUCUUCUGUCCUUUCUGUGUUUAUUUGUAGAUGUGUAUUAUCAGUCCUGUAUUUUUCAAAUCAUUCAUCUGAGUUUCUGUGGUGAGUUUUCUUCAUGUCAGUAGGUUAGUGCACUAACUGAGUCAGUAUCAGGUGUAAAACUGAAUUAAAGAAAUUUCCUAGAAAAUUAAAUGCUUAAUAUUAAUCAAUAGUGUCUUCAGAUGAGUGUAAGUAUAAUAAAAAAUGUACUUUA